UUUAUGUGUGUUACCUUCCAGGGCAAAGCGUGAACAGGAGGUCACAGUGCUGAAGAGAGCUCUGGAGGAGGAGACUCGAACUCAUGAAGCCCAGGUCCAGGAGAUGAGGCAAAAACACACUCAAGCUGUAGAAGAGCUAACAGAGCAGCUGGAACAAUUUAAACGGGCUAAAGCAAACUUGGAUAAGACCAAACAGACAUUGGAGAAAGACAAUGCUGAAUUGGCUCAUGAAAUCAGGAGCCUGAGUCAGGUCAAACAAGAGGUGGAGCACAAAAAGAAGAAGCUGGAAGUACAGCUGCAAGAAUUACAGUCCAAAUAUACUGAUGGAGAGCGUGUUCGGACAGAACUCAAUGAAAAAGUUCAUAAAUUACAG